AUGGCCUUCACUGAUGCGCCGCACCACCUCCUAGAUAAUGCCGUCGGCAGAGACGGCCUCGAAUAUGACGAGAGUAUGCGUAUCAAUAAGCGAAACUCGCUAGAAAAUUUCCUGGAACCGUCGCCAUGCUACUCUGAACCUUACGAUGGGUGGCUCGUUAACUCUAGAGGACUUCAAGAUGCUGAUAGUACUGCUGUGGGUAUUGGUCUACCAUUGGUUCCAGUCCUAGCACAACAGCUAUGCUACAAGGACGAUAGAGAGGACCUUGGUCGCUGCUGGGAACAGAUGCCAAUGUCGUCUACCUCUGCGUCUACUGCAUCUUUAAACGAUGUAGAAGAAGAAGAAGAUCGAGUCGAAAAUACCACUGGUGACACAACACCAACGCCUACGCAGUGCUCGUGCUCACUCGAUGAAGUAAGUUCAGGUCGCCUGGGCUCCACGGGAUGCACAACAUUGCUCUAUGGCUGGCAAGAGGCUCCACUGUCCGGAGACCAACCAACUUUUGGUGUUCAAAAUACCGUGAAGGCUAUAGAAGGAUUGAAAGAAAUGGAACGAUACCUGCAAACCAAUACGAAGCAACGAAUAAGUCAGAUAAAGCGUGAGUCGUUGGAGGUUAAAGCGGACUCGCGCAGGGGAAAGUAGGCAGAUGAGGCUUGAUCAAUGCAGUCGGCAACAUGCAGGGUUGUCGAGGAUAGAAUGAUGAGAAUCAGAUGCUAUGAAGUGGCGGAAUCAGUAUACUAUGCCUUACAAGGGAGUGUAUUCCAGAGUGAAUAAUAGGUUAUUGCAGUAGGUAGGUAGGUCGAAG